GCUAUUUUAUCUUAAGAGUCCUGUGAUGUUCUUGUUGCUCAGAGUUAGGCUUCUAGUGGCUUAACUGGUAUUGCGGGCAUUGUGUGGGUGAUAUCCUGGGCUUUAACAGAGGGUGGGCUCGGGCCUGACACUGUACCCUUAACAUCUUCUGCCGGCUCUGCUUGUAUGCUUGCUGCUGCUGCUCCCUUGUAAUAAAUAACUGUAAAUUUAUUCAGUGUGGUGGUUGUGUCUCAGAGAGGUUCGAAUCUGCAUUGUUAAGAGUGGCACGACAAUUUUGGCGUUAGUCGGCAGGACCUCUCUUAAGACACCGCACCAUGUCUGAAGAUCAGCAGGCCGGUGGAGCAGCUGGACCUGUAAUCAACAACAUGAUGAUGGUACCAUGGUUUUUAGGGGGUCCAUGGGUGCCCAAGUAUGGGGAAAAGAAUGGUCCCCCGCUAGCAGAAUGGCGUAGUCAAAUGGAAAUUUACUUGAGAGCCCAGACUUUGUCAGCAGAACAGGAAGUUGAUUUUAUUCUAAGUGCACUUCAAGGUGAGGCUAAGAGAGAGGUGUUAUUGUUGCCCCCUGCAGAGAAAGACACAGCUGAUCAUAUCUUUGAGGCCCUAGGAAGAAUAUAUGGGGAUGCUGUAACAGUAAGCCAGUUAAGGGCACAGCUUUUUAAGUGUCAACAACAAGCAGGGGAAGGGGUGGGGCCUUUCAUACUGCGUCUCCGCGAGUCUCAUUCCAGGUGGCGUGCGAAAGAGCCGACUGUGGGAUCCGAUGAUGAGAUGCUUCGAAGCCAGUUGGUGCUUGGACUACAGCCUGGCCCUGUACAGAUGGAACUGCAGAGACGAGCACGCAGGGAACCCACACUGGCUUUUGACGAGGCAUGCAAGGAGGCAAAGGCUAUGGAGAAAGAAACGCAACAGGCUCAUGCACCAAUGGAUGUGGAGACCCGCCGCACGUAUAACAGUCCGACUCAGCCCCAGCCCAGCCAUGGAUCGAAGUCCUCAACCGACCCGCUGCAAGACUGGGGUAGCCUCAAGGAGGCAAUGCGCACUGAACUGGUGGAGGAGUUGCGUGCUCAAGUAAACGACAUGAAGACCUCUCUCUUAGCAGAACUGCGCACUCAACGAACAGCUCCCGGGCCAACACCUCGACAACCUGACCCGGCUAGCAAUAACAGUAGCCAUCCACAAGGGACCCGCCCCCGCCGGAGAGAUAGAACACCUCAAUGGGACGACCAGGGACGGCCCAUAUGCCUCCGGUGUGGCCAAGCUGGCCACAUGCAGCGCAAUUGUGUUUCUCAGGGACCAGUCGACCAUCGCAGAGUGGCGUCCUCUGCAGACGGCAGUAGCCCCGCGGAAGCCCCAAUGAAGACGGCCCUCGUAGGACAGUGCCCUGAGGUCGAGGUCCUGGUCCAAGGGUCAGAGCACCUGAAUGCAGAUGCGCUGUCCAGGCUUCCAGAGGCCCUGCUGGCAGGACGUGUCGAGGCCCCAACUAAUGGAGGUACGCAGGAGGUAUGGGCAGAGCGGCAGGGAAGUGAUCCGGACCUCACACUUAUACGUCGGUGGCAGCAGCAGGGGCAUGAACCAUCUGCAGUGGAGCGGCAGACCCUCCAGUUGGCUGGUCGACAGCUGUUAAGAGAAUGGCCUAACCUAACUGUAAUGGAAGGGGUAUUGCUGUGUAAAAGGCCGGCCUCAGGUGCACUGGGAGAGGUGACUGCGGUGGUGGUGCCGGUGGCAGACAGAAGGCAGGUUUGGACUCGCUACCAUGAGGCCCUGGGUCAUGCCAAGGGGUACCGACUGCUGGCUGCACUGAGGGAGAGGGUGUUUUGGAAUGGUAUGAACCGAGACAACCGCAGGUGGGUAAGGGAAUGCACCCAGUGCUGCCUCAAUAGCAACGUGGAGGGGCCAAGGGCACCGCUAUGCUCGAUCGACAGCAGCUACCCGUGGGAGACACUAGCCCUGGACUACCUGUCGCUGAACCGGGCUGGUGACCGGUAUCCAUACAUAUUGGUCAUUGUAGAUCUCUUCUCCAGAUUUGCAUUCGCAGUGCCUACAAAGGACCAGACAGCACCGACGACAGCUAGAGUCUUGUGGACCACGGUUUUCCAAUCAUUCGGGUGCCCAGAGAGGAUUCUGACCGACCAGGGACCUGCGUUUGAGGCUGAGUUGACCCAGCAGUUGUGUGGACUCUACGGCUGCCACAAGGUGAGGACCACGCCAUAUCACCCACAGGGCAAUGGAGCCUGUGAGCGUAUGAACCAGACCAUCUUGGGGUUGCUCAACACCCUCAGCCAACGUGAACAGGGCCGAUGGAUGGAGCAUCUACCGGAGCUGACGCAUGCCUAUAAUAACACGCCCCACAGUGUUACUGGGUUGGCCCCCUUCUUUGUCUUGUUUGGUAGGCAUGCGCGGCUGCCGGUCGACCAGCUGAUGGGAGUACACCGAUCGGAGUGGAGGGGUAACACCCUCGAGUGGAUCGGUGAGCAUCAUGGCCGCCUAACCUCGGCGUACCAGCUAGUGCGCCAGGGGACUCAACAGCGGCAACAGCAGGAUCAGCGGCGCCAUAAUCGGGGCCGGAGGGCCCUGCCGCUGCUUCCAGGAGAGCGGGUCUUGGUCCGGGAUUUCCGCCGCCGUGGCCGGGGGAAACUAGGAUACCAUUGGGAUCCUAGGCCCUAUGUGGUGCUGAACCAACCCUCAGCGGACCGUCCAGUCUACACCCUGCGCCCAGAAGGCCGGGAGGGGCCCACCCGCACUAUUCACCGCAACCACCUGCGCGUUCAGCCUGCUGACUGGGGGGACCGGAGUGGGACUCGUGGAGAUGCAGGUGAGGUGGCAGGGGAGCGUAGAGUAGAGGGUCCAGAGCUGGGGUGGUGGCCAGUGGGUUUACCUGUCCUGGGAGGGGAGCCCGGGUCAGGGGGAACCACAAUGAUGAGGGUCACAGCGACCCAACUUGGGAGUUCGGCCAGCUAG